AUGUCCCGCAACCCCUACCUCCUCGCGGCCGACAACCCGGCCGCCCUCCUUGCCCUCCUCCACGAACACCCCUCGCUCGCUGACGGCCAGGACGAGCACGGCUAUUCCCUCGUGCACGCCGCCGCCAGCUACAACCACUAUGAUCUCCUCCGCACCCUUAUUCGCGACUUCGAUGUCCCAGUAGACCUCAAGGACGAAGACGGGGAAACCGCCUUGUUCGUGGUCGAGACGGUCGAGGCUGCCCGGAUACUAGUGGUAGAACUGGGGUUAGAUUCUAAGAUCCGGAACGACGAAGGACAAACAGCCUUGGAGAAGAUUGAGGCCGAGGGAGAUUUUCCUGACGUCGUGGAAUACUUACAAAACUGGGAUGAGAAACCUCCUACGAGCAACGGAGCCAAUGGCAUCAACGGCACCGUUGCUCAGGAGCAGAACGGGGUUUCGGCUUCGUCGUCCGCUGAAGCGGCAGAUCUACCACCCGUACCGGAGGGUUUACAGGUGACAAUGGGUACUAUGAAUGAAGCGGAGGUAGAAGGAGGUCCGCAGCCUGACCCAGAGUUCCGACGAAGGAUAGAGGAGCUUGCUGCGAGGGAGGAUUUCCAGACACCAGAAGGGCAAGCUGAGCUGCGCAGAUUGGUGGAGGAGGCCGUCAGUGGAGAGAGCUUCAGUGGGGAACGCAGUGUUCGGCCGAGACAGGACUGA